AUACAAACGCAGGUGUCAAAAAGGGGUAACGCUUGAACAGAGUCAAACACUGAUCGGCCAUGGGAACCCUAGGAAGAGCAGCAUACACAGUCGGGUUUUGGAUCCGGGAAACUGGCCAAGCCAUGGAUCGUCUAGGUUCACGCCUCCAGGGCAACAACUUCUUCAAAGAACAACUGUCCAGGCAUCGACCUCUUAUGAAUGUAUAUGAUAAAGUCCCUGUUGUUGCUAAGGAUGCAUUUGUGGCUCCAAGUGCUUCUAUCAUUGGGGAUGUCCAAGUGGGAGCAGGAUCGUCUAUUUGGUAUGGAUGUGUUUUGAGAGGUGAUGUGAACAGCAUUAGUAUUGGAUCUGGCACUAAUAUACAGGACCACUCACUUGUCCAUGUUGCAAAAUCUAAUCUACCUGGAAAGGUGCUUCCGAUAGUGAUUGGGGACAACGUGACUGUUGGUCAUAGUGCUGUUUUACAUGGAUGCACUGUUGAGGAUGAAGCAUUUGUUGGUAUGAAAGCUACACUUCUUGAUGGGGUAGUCGUAGAGAAGCAUAGCAUGGUUGCUGCUGGAGCCCUUGUAAGACAGGACACUAGAAUUCCGAGUGGCGAGGUGUGGGGAGGUAAUCCUGCUAGGUUCCUGAGAAAGCUUACAAACGAAGAGAUAGCCUUCAUCUCCGAAUCGGCUGCCAAUUACAGCAGCCUCGCCCAAGUUCAUGCCACUCAGAAUGCAAAGCAGUUUGACAAGACCGAAUUCUUAAAAGUACUACAAAAGAAGGCCAAUGAAGCCCGGACUCUGCUUCAAUAAUUGUCGACAAUAGCAAGAAAGACAGUUUCUUGCGAAUAAAUCUGCCACAAGGUAGUUGUUUUUUGGAGUUUGAUGUUGACGAAUGCCUGUUCUUUUAAGCAAGUUAUAAUGCAUAUUGGAUCAUUGGUGUCUCUCUCUUUUGAAAUAAGGGGAAAAAAACUUAUUACGGUUAGAGUUGUUAACAGUUACAAUCUGUUGUAUUGUUUCUUUUUACCAUUCUUACAUCGAAGACCUUGAUGUGGAUUUGAUAUCAUUUAUGUGGAUUACAUGAAGUUUUUGGGG